UCCCAUACUCUGAAGGAAACGUUCACAUCUGAGAGAAGAAUUACCACGUGCAUGUAAUCUGAGGAAUGCAGCUUCCCUACUGCAGUCAAGUCAAGAGUUAAAUGCAUGCCCCACCCUCACUCUCUCCCUUUCUUACUCUAUCUUCGGUCUGUUUACCGUCAGAAAGUAAGAUGUUUAAAGCGGUUGCAUCCUGACAGCUCCAUAGAUGACUUAGAUGGCUUUCAAGAUCCUAGUCAAGUUCAAAGCAGCAUUUGCAAACAUAAAAGAAUUGUUCUGAACUAAAGGAGAGAACCAGAAAAUGUCUUUUAGCAAUUUCCAGUUGGUGCAGAGCAUCAGAAAGUCACCGGCGGUACUCUGGGGUAAAUUCAGUAAGGACAAAGCAAGUAGUCUUUCACGAGGAGACCCCUUUUUCAAACUGCACUACCUUGGGGUGGAGAAGGUUUACUCUCUCCAGAUAGAACAUACCCAUGAUGUGGUACAAAAUUUUAUGAUCAGCACAAAGGAUAAAGUUUACAAGGAUCAUGCCCUGGUCAUCAGACCACGUUACGUGGAAGUCAAAGACAUAGCCACUGGAUGCCAGAUCACCAAAACAUACCUUCACGAUAUUGCAUAUUGUACUGCUGACACUGUGUACCCCAAUGUUUUCCUAUACAUCUGCAAGCAUAAGGGGCAGUUACUAUGCAGGGUGUUCCUCUGCAAAAAGGCUGAGAAAGCAAAGGCCAUCACAGCUUGUCUUGCUAGCAACUUUGAGAAGGCAUUUAGUGAUUGGAGAAAACAUUACAGUGAAAUAAAACCAAUUCCUGAGGAUGAUGAGGCAGAGAAGAAGACAUCACUGCAGAGUCAAGGUGGAAGUGAACCUCAGCAAAUCCCUGGACAUGCAAAAAUGGAGAGGGGUGAUUCCACUGAGGAUGAAGCCAAACUAAGCCACUCCCUGGGAAGUGACGAUGAAGCAGAGUUACAGAUGCACCAGGAAUUCCACCGUCGUCUCUCUUCCACCAAGGCGCCACACCGAUUAGACACAGGGCAGCAUGAUGUGGAUGAGCUGGUGGCAGACCACAGCGUACAGCAGUUUAUGAUGGGGGAUGAAGAAGAAGACUGAAGUAAACCCUGUACAGUUUUAAAAACAACAAGCUUUUUGCAGAAUUAACUCAGAAUUUCUGAGACUAUAGAUAACAGAGAGAAGCCACAGGGCUGGUGCUUCUCAGUAAGUGGGCACUCUACACAUUUGGUCACCAGGAGUGGUACACCACAGAAGGAUGGAAUAAAUGGGUUUGACUCAGGUGGACCUGUGAUUAUCAAGCAGUGAACAGUGUUAGUGUGUUUUGACUGCACUGCAUAAAUAUGCCAGGAUAUGUAGUCCAGAUGUUUAGCAUCACUACGAGCAAUGAGGAAGUAAACAUGGAAGUACAAAGCUAGGUUUGUUACCAUAUUUAUGUGAUGACUUUUUAAAGCACCAGUGUCUAUAAUAGCAGUAUUCAUUUCAUAUUAGAGCAUCAUAUGUUUUUUGGUAGAUUAUUUUAAACAUUAUCUGACUGGAUAAACAGACUGGUAUCCUAGUAACCAGACACAUUAAGUCUGAUCAUUGAAAAAGUGUUGUUUAUUACUACAUAUAGUAAACUAUGGCAUGAUCAGUUUAAAGAAUUCACAGAAAAGUCACUGCUAACAUACAUAUUCAUUUUAAAUGCAUUUACUGUUGGCAUUAAUACCAUACAAUCAAACUAUCUUCGCAGCAUCUCUCUUCACCACUUAGCAGUGCUUGCAGCCAUAAGGACAUAUGACCAUGAGCUACCUUUUCUAGUUCCUUGAAUUUAGAAUAAUAAAAAAUGAUAUAUCUCUAUUUUCCUUUUAAAACUUAUGUUUUUAAAAAGGAUAACUAUGCCAUAUGACUGUAAUUUGUAAACCGGAAUUUUUUUUUUGUUGUUCUGAAAAGCAGGUAUCCACAAAGUGAUGGAUACUGACAGCAUGGGAUUUCAGCCCUGUUACACAAAAAACAUAAAAAAAAAAAAAAAUAAUGUUCAAGAAUUUUAGAAGUCCUUUCAAACACAUUGUUUACCAUAUCCAAGAAAGUAUUAAUUGUAGCAAGAUAUGCUGUAAAUUUUAAAUGUAUCUUUGAAAACAUAUUGUACUUCAUAGUCUUAGAGUUUUCUUCAAAUAAAAAUAUAUGUAGAGCAGCCCUGCCUGAAAAAAGAGAGAACUUUUGAAAUACUCUUUCCUGUUAAAACAAAAAAAAAAGGAAACAUAGGGUACAUGGAAAAUCAGACAAUGGAUGUGUCCCUAAUAAUGAAAAGCUGUUUAUUUUUGAAGUGUAACAAAAGUGUUUCUAUUAGAGUAACAGUAACUACGUUUCAAAUGCACAUGAUUAUUAACUGCACUGUCACACCUGCACUAGAAGUCAACAGUCAGUUUUUCCUUAUGAUCAAACAGUACUCCCAAGGGAUUCCCAUUGAUCCUGCAGAGUGCUGUACAUGAAUAUCGCAAUCCUUCAACAGCAACAGUUUUAGUUGGUCUAAUUUUAAAUCUAAUCAAGAGCCUGAUGGAACUUUUUUAAUGAUGUCAUAGCUGGAAUGUUUUCCUGCAGAGCCCGAUGGAACUUUUGGCAAUGAUAUCAUAGCUGUAAUCUUGUCCAGCAAAGCCUAAAUGAACUUUUAGCAGUGAUGUCAUAGCUGUAAUCUUGUCCAGCAGAGACUGGUGGAACUUUUUGCAAUGAUGUCAUAGCAGUACUGUUUUCCUACAGACCCUGAUGAAACUUUUAGCUGUGAUAUCCUAACCAUAAUCUUGUCCAGGAAAGCCUAUUGGAGCAUUUAGUAAUGAUAUCAUAGAUGCAGUAUUGUUCAGCAUAGCCUGAUGGAAAUGUUUGCAAUGAUGUCAUAGCUGUAAUGUUUUCCUGCAAAGCCUGAUGGAACUUUUAGCAAUGAUACCAUAGUUGCAAUUUUGUCCUGCAAAGCCUGGUGGAACUUUUAGCAAUGAUGUCAUAGGUGGAAUGUUUUCCUGCAAAGCCUGAUGGAGCUUUUUUGAUGAUGUCAUAGCAGCAGUGCUUUCCAUAACAGUGAAAAAGAAACCUGCUUAAUGAAAGUAAAGUUUGCUGCUGAGAGUUGCAGUGUAAAUGCCAAAAAACAUUGUAAUACCUUGUUUGAAAUGUUAUUAUAAAUAUUUAAUCUAUUUCUUGUAAAUAUUUUGUACAGAACUGCUAUUUUAUUGUGAUAUAUAAGCUGUUUACAGUAUAUCUAAAAUUGAUUUUACAAUUUGAUGUGAUAACACAAAGUGCAAAGAAGUCUUAAAAUUUGAAAUGUGAGAGCAAUGCGGGCUAUAUUAGAGGUGCAGAAGUAUUGUGAUAAAAAGGUAUGGAUACACUGAUUUACAAAAAUAAAGGUAAAUGUGAUGUUCUGAAAGUUACCCAUCUAGCCUACAAACUCCUUGCAGGUAAGCUAUACUUUUGGUUCUAUGGGACAAAGAAGGGGCGUCAGUAAACUGGCUAAUGAUCACAGUGACUUGGUGUUGAAAUGCAUUCCACACUCUACAUAUUUCCCCAUCCUAGAGACAUUUUCAAAUACUCAGAAUCACUGAGAUGACCAUAGCAGCAUGUCCAAGGUAGCAGUAAGCUGCACUGAAGUACUUAAGGGCAUUUUUUUAUUCAUAAUGUAUCUCAGUUUUUUAAGUCAUUGUGUGUCUGGCAGUUGGCUUAGAGGGUCAAUGAGGUGUUUCCUGUGAUCAAGUGGUGCAAGGUUUGAUUCCCUCAGCCUCCAUUUCUCAACUGUGUGACUCUAAGCAAAUCACUUAAGCAGAUACCACUCCCAGGCUGAAUCUGAAAAAGGUCCAUGGAGAUCCAUUCUCUACCCUGAAAAAAUGUGAAUAAAAUCUUAGUGUCAAAGAACAGUAAUUAGUUAUACAUAGAUACAAAAUGCAGUUUUUUGAUUGCCAUUUGACACCAACAGUCUGGCAUAUGGUCAGUAAAUGAUAUGUUUUCAAGGUGUGAAAUGCAAUGCAAGUCCUAUAUAUAGAAGACAAUGUAGAUAAGGGCAUAUGUUAAAAAACACAGACUUUUCAAAAGUACACAAGUUAAAAUAUUUGCCCACUUGACACUGCAGUUUUGAAAAUAAACAUUCUUAUAAUAGUGUCUAGACCACACGGCCUUUCCAGGAAAUGGGCUGUCUUAUAAGCAAAAAGAUUUGUAGACAUCUUCUGUGACCCAAGGACAAUCCAUGGUUACAGGCCUCUUCUAGGCCCUACUUUCAGAUAUAAAAUAGGCACUUCCACAAGGUAUAAUACACAAAUUACAAUCCAUGGCAUAGCCUGACUGGACAGUCUCUCGCUUCAUGAGGUAAUGUAUAAUUAGCAACCAUGAGAUAGGUAAGGCCAAUCUAUAACCAAAUGUGUUUGGUUAUUUGAACACAAAAGGGGAAAUUUUCUAGGCUUAAAAUGGUCUGCAAGUUCAGCUACCUAGUUUCUACAUAAAAACCUAUAAAUGAAACCUGAAACUUCACAGACUCAGAAUUAAAUCAUAAAUAUUCCUUUAAAAGCAUACAGCAACACUCAGAAAAAAAUAAGCAUUUUAGCCAAGAUUUUAGGUAACUCUGAUAAUUAUGAUUCAGAAAUGGUCAAGCAAUGCCUAUGUAUUUACUGUCCAUCUCUUUUCCUAUCAGUCUUAUUAAUAAAAGUCUCAUCAAUAAUCCUGUCGAUCCAUAUGAAUACAAAAUAUGCCUUAAAGUGAUGUCUCUUCAUGUUACAUAACUGUGAACUAAUUCUGUUCUUCAACAUUCUUGAAAUUUGCCCAAAGUAAAAGGGUUCACGUGCACAUUACAAUGUAUAUCGCCCUUUGUAAUGCACAUGUGACAGAUUAAUUUCAAAAAUGUUAUGUGCAUUUUGAGGGGUAAAUUCUGUACAGUGCUGUACAUAUUUACAAUGUACACACAAUCUGCAAGCGUAUCAUCCCUUAACUUUUGGGACAUCAAUAGAUUCAUCAGAAGUCCCAGUUUUAAAAGAACCAAAAUACUGGCUUAGAUUCCUAUCAAUCUGUAACUAUAUUUAGAUUCACUGGAAACACAUUUUGGCAAACAUUAUCAGUUAGUAAUAUGAGCUAAUAUUUUAGAUAUAGCAUGUCUGGUUUUAAAUGUGAUGGAACCAUAAUUAACAAAUCUUAGAGGUACAGCUAUGGAGGCCACCUUUGCCCAAUUGUAUGCAGAUGUAUUUAUGGAGGUUUUUGAAUUCCAUUCAUUGAUAAUAGAGAAAGGAACUUGAAUAAGAAAAAGAUGGAAUUACCCUCGGAAACCAAAACUUUUAAAAACAAAACCAGGGUGUAAUAAAGUGAAGUAUGCCAAACACCAGGUAAAUGCAGAGGCAGUCUUCAUCCAAAAAUUCAGUUUAUUAAGCACUUUCGUCUCAGGUCAGUACUGAAACUUCAUCAGAAUAACAACCCUUUACCUCUUACUCUUAAAAUACACCCCCCAAAUAAACAAUUAAGUCUUUUUUACAAGCAAUUCCAAAUCAAUUGGUUUUAAUCAACUAUACUAAACAAAAAAUAAAUGUGGUCUUUUGAAAAAACAAACAUACAUAAAAAACGUGAAAAGACAUUUAAAAAUUAUCUUGUCAAAGCUCUAGUUUUAAGAAUAGGCAAAAUAGAGACUAUGUCAUUAAUUCCAGGUUCAUUCAUAACAUUUAGUAACAUUUGCCAUUUAAGCUCACUUCUCUCUAUUUUUAGUUCCCACCACCCACCUCUCAUACCUUUCGGUACCACCUCAAGAAUUCCAAAUUUAAGUUUUGUAAAACCUUCACAAACCCUUGAGUGUCUGUACAAUGCAUUAUUUUCAUUGCUUUGGGAAAUAGCAUAAUUAUGUUCAUAUAUUCGUCUUCUGAACACCUGCUCUGUCUUUCCUACAUAAUAGUAGGAACAAACAUCACAAAUUGCUAAGUAAACUAUCCCCUUGGUAGAACAAUUACUAUGCUUCAAUCUAAUAUGUUGACUAAUAUUGGGUAAGUUUACACUCACCCCUUCAAGGAUGAAUCUACACUGUGAACAGCAGCUGCAUUUAGUUGUACCUUUUUCACUCAUCCUAGUUGUAACCAGGUCAUGUUCAAACAAGAACUUAAGGUUUUUACCUGUUUUUAACACAAAUUUGGGACCAUCCCCUAAAAUCUUCAUAAAAUCUUCAUUAGAGUUAAAUAAUACCCAAUAUUUUUUCAAAAUAUUUUGUACUUCUUUAGUCCCAUCACCAUAUCCAAUGAUCAUACUCUCAUCGUAUCGGUUUUUAUCAUUCUUCUUGAACUGGAGUUGGUCCUGACCAAUUCCAAGUAUGGGUUUGAGUUUUGUCCCCCAAGAAGAACUAACUUUCUUUAUAAUUCUUAGAAUAAAGUCUAUAGAGUACCCCCUGUCCAGAAACAUUCCAAUAAUAAGGAACACAUCAUCCCUAAAGGUGUCCCAGUUGGAACACAUUCUGGCCGCUCUAACCAAUUGACCUUUAAGAAUAUUCUUUUUUGUGAAACCCAGAUGAUGGCUGUUGAAAUCUAGGUAACUGUUAGAGAAAGUAUCUUUUCUAUAAAUGGUAGAAGCAAAGGUGGAGUGUUCAGUAUCCUUAGAAAUAGUAACAUCUAGAUAGGCAAUACUUGAAUCAGAACUAUUACUAGUAAAAUUCAAAAAUGAACCUAAAUCAUUCAAAUACUCAGCUAAAUAUUUCUCCCCCAGAGUGUUGUGCUUCCAAAGAAUAAAAAUAUCAUCUAGGUAACAAAGGUAGAGAAUCCAUUGAUCGGUGAAUCUAGGAUUAAAAAUAUAUUUUUAUUCCCAUGCAUACAUUACUAAAUUGGCGUAUAUGGGGGCACAACUGACCCCCAUAGGUACGCCUUUAACGUUUUUAAAAUAGUAACCUUCAAAAGUGAAAAAAUUGUUCUCCAAAAUGUAGUCCAUCACACUCAAAAUAAAGUUAACCAUUGUACAACUCAAAUUAGUCAGUUUUACCAUUGCUUCAGCAAAAAGUUCCAAACCAUCACCGUGGGGGAUGGAAGUAAAUAGGUCAAUUACGUCCAUUGUAUAAAAAUAGCAUUCUCUUUAAAUAAUUAUUUUUUAAACCUAGCAAUAAAAUCCCAGGAGUCUCUUAAAAGAUAGCAUAUAGAAGAAACUGUGUUCUUUAAAAGACGAUCAAUAAAACCCCCCAAAGGGUAGGUAAAACUGCCGUGUGCAGCUAUAAUAAUUCUGUAAGGUGAGUUUUGAAUAUUUUUAUGUACCUUGGGUAUACCAAAGGCUUGUGGGAUGGUGGGAUACUCACAUCUUAAAAAAUUAUACAAGUCUUCUGAAAUAGUGCCCUGGAAAAGUGAGUCUUCUAAAAACAAUUGUACUUUUCAGUGGGCAAUUCUUAUUUCAUUUAAAGAAACUUCAACGUAUUUCUCAGAAUCAUAACAAUUCUCCAUCAUUGUUGCACUAUAAUCAAAGUUAUCAACUAUCACCAUCCCUCCUCCCUUGUCUGGUUUCAUAACACAAACCGUGUCAUCUUGUCUCAAUUCUCUUAAAACUGUACUCUCCUAUUUAGUUAAAUUUAAACAUUUCCUUUUAUUUGACCCUAAAAUUGCAUGAGUGUCUUUCAAACAAAGUUGUUCAAACACACCUAUAGUAGGGUGGGAGGGUGGAUUAAAAGUGCUUUUGCAUUUAAAAUUGUUUCUCUGAUCAUCCCCCCGUGGUACAUCCCCAGGAUUAAACUGAAACAAUACUUUCAAAUUUUAUUUCCUGGUGUACAACUUAAUCUUUGUCAUAGUAUUGUGCAAACUAAUUUUGGAACCUGGUAUAAAUUUAAAGCUUUUUUAAAAAGAGAAAAAUGGUCUUUGUUAAUCUCCAUUCCUGCAUAGUUAAAUAUGUUAAAACUAUAACAUCUUAAAAGCAUCCCAUCAUGGGAAGAAUCUAUAAAUCCAUCGCUGUUAUCCUGAUCCCUAAAGUUUAACAAAAUGCUAAUUUCUCUGUUUAAUUGUUGUUGCUAGUCCUAGUUUCUACAUACAAACCUAUAAAUGAAACCUGAAACUUCACGGACUCAGAAUUAAAUCAUAAAUAUUCCUUUAAAAGCAUACAGCAAUACUCAGAAAAAAAUAAGCAUUUUAUCCAAGAUUUUAGUUAACUCUGAUAAUUAUGAUUCAGAAAUGGUCAAGCAAUGCCUAUGUAUUUACUGUCCAUCUCUUUUCCUAUCAGUCUUAUUAAUAAAAGUCUCAUCAAUAAUCCUGUCGAUCCAUAUGAAUCCAAAAUAUGCCUUAAAGUGAUGUCUCUUCAUGUUACAUAACUGUGAACUAAUUCUGUUCUUCAACAUUCUUGAAGUUUGCCCAAAGUAAAAGGGUCCACAUGUGCACAUUACAAUGUAUAUCGCCCUUUGUAAUGCACAUGUGACAGAUUAAUUUCAAAAAUGUUAUGUGCAUUUUGAGGGGUAAAUUCUGUACAGUGCUGUACAUAUUUACAAUGUACACACAGUCUGCAAGCGUAUCAUCCCUUAACUUUUGGGACAUCAAUAGAUUCAUCAGAAGUCCCAGUUUUAAAAGAACCAAAAUACUGGCUUAGAUUCCUAUCACUCUGUAACUAUAUUUAGAUUCACUGGAAACACAUUUUGGCAAACAUUAUCAGUUAGUAAUAUGAGGUACAGCUAUGGAGGCCACUUUUGCCCAGUUGUAUGCAGAUGUAUUUAUGGAGGUUUUUGAAUUCCAUUCAUUGAUAAUAGAGAAAGGAACUUGUUUUUUCAUAAGACUGAUAAUGUCACAUAAGAUCAUUGAUGAAUGUUGUCUUACUUUGAAGUACAGUUUGCAUUACGUACCUCUGUUUGAGUGUGAAUUUGUUUUCCUAGUCUCCUUUGAAGGCAUGCAACCAACAUGUUAGAGUGCAUUAAUAAAGUGAUUUUUUUAUCUGAAA